AUGACAGCCUCAUCAUAUAAUAAGAGUGUGGGAGAUCUGAAUGAUACUAUUGAUAAGCUUAUCGAUCGAUUAUCAUCUAUCGAACCAUCUUCAUUGGAACAACUUGAACAAUGGCGUGAAACAUCAUAUCGAUCUAUUGAUGAUUAUUGUAAACAUAAACGUCAUGAAUUAAUCGAAAAGAAACAAAUUCAACAACAAAAACAAUUAGAUCAUCUUCGAACUCAAGUAAAUCAAUUAAUUGAUCGACAUGAUAAUAAAAAAGAACAUUAUGAUAUAAUAAAUCAUGAUCUUCAAUUAUCAGAAAUUAAAAUCAAUGAACUUGAACAUCUUCGAUUAACACUUCAUCCAUUAUCAAUAGAUGAACAUCUUAUUGUUCGACGACGACGAAUCUUUCCAUUAUCUCAUUCAUAUCGAACAAUUCAUCUAAAAGCUGGUUUAGAAAGUGCUAUUGGUACAAAUGAUCAACAUCUACUUGUUGAUCGAGAAGGAAAACAUUUAUGUUUACUUGAUCAAAAUUUAACUAUUAUUAAAGAAAUUCCAUUUACUCAUGAUGGUAUUCAUGGUAUUUGUUGGUCAUCAACAAUUCAUCGAUUUAUAAUUAUUACAUUUAAAGAAAUUUUAUUACUUGAUGAAAAAACAAUGAGUUUAGAAAUAUGUCCUAUACCAUCGAAAAAAGAUUGGUGGCGUGGUACAUGUUCAAAUCAAAGUUUAUUUUUAUCAACAGUUGAAUGGGAAUGGCAUACGCCUAUCACUUGUGGAAAAGAUGAAAUUAUAUGUGAUCUUAAAUAUAAUAAUGGUUAUCUUGCUAUUCCAAUUUAUAAUAAACAUAAAGAUGAAAGUCGUUUUGAAUUACGUUCAAUAACAACAUUUGAUAAUAUUUGGUCGGUUCGAACACAUGGACGUUGUCGUUGUUGUUCAAUUGAUAUAGAUCAAUGGUUAGUUAUGGAUCAUGAUGAUUGUCGAUUUUUUCAUAUUUCAGCUGAUGGAAAACUUUUAGAAACUGAUAAAUAUGAUGAACAUGAACGACUUGAAGAUAUUAUUCCAUGGAAUAACGAUGAUAUUGUUGUUUUAACUAAGAAAAAUAUUCAUUUACAUAAAUUUGGUUAA